UCUCGCUUGUAGCGUCGUGAUGUGUGCGUGCAGCCGUGUGUUUGGGCUUUAUAAGUUGGUUCUUCAUUCUAUGUUGCGGGACGGUGUGGGUGUGGUCCAUGUUGGCCGUACAGGUGGCAGUUAUGCAACCGAGGGAUGAUCCUGUUGAAGUUUCCGGCGGUAUGCGGUUUUCAGCGGUCACGCCUGUUGCAGGAGUGUCACUCGACGAGGCCUCACAAAUGCGAUGAGCCUAGCUGAAAGCAUCACUGCCAAAAUGGCAUGCCACACCCCUUCAAAGGUCGUUGGUCAGGUCGAUGUUGGCAUGCAGUGCAGCUUGCCUCUGGCUGACAAGUCUGUCGGCUGCUCGUUGAAACCAGGGAGCGAGUCUAGGAGCGUGCAGACCACGGAGGCAGUGGAACAGUUAAGCUCCACCUCAGCGUCAAGGCCCUGUAUUUCUCCAUCCACUGCCAAACGUGACAACUCAAGGCGAGGAUGCCUCCACCGAUGUCACCUGUGUGACUAUGAGGCUGAUGAACUAUUUCUUCUGGAAGCACAUGCCAGCGUCCAUACUGCCAAGAAGCCAUUUGAGUGCCCUUCAUGCCCUCGGAGGUACUCGGACAAAUACAGGUUAAAAUUUCACCUGCGCAGCCACCCAGGCAAGAAGCCACAUCACUGCCCUUCAUGUUCUCGGAGCUUCUCACGCAAGCAUAGCCUGAAUGCCCAUGCAAUCACCCACACCGGAGAGAAGCCAUAUCAGUGCACUUCAUGCUCUCGGGGCUUUUUUCACAAAAGCCGCUUAAUUGCUCACAUGCACAGCCACACAGCUGAGAAGCCAUAUCAGUGUCCUUCAUGCUCUCGGAGCUUCUCACGAAAGAGCUACCUCAAUGACCACCAGCGCAUCCACACAGGCGACAAGCCAUUUAAGUGCCCUUCAUGCUCCGAGAGCUUCUCACUCAAGGUCCACCUGGAAGCUCACCUGUACACCCACACAGGUGAGAAGCCAUAUCAGUGCCCUGCAUGCUCUCAGAGCUUCUCGAUGAAGCACCACCUGGAAGCCCACCUGCGCACCCACACAGGCGAGAAGCCAUAUAAGUGCCCUUCAUGCUCUCAGUGCUUCUCACGCAAGUGUUACAUCAAAAUCCAUAUGCGCACCCACACAGGCGAGAAGCCAUAUCAGUGCCCUUCAUGCUCUCGGAGGUUCACAUUUAAGUCCAACCUCCGGAGGCACAUGAGGCAGGAAGCCAUUUCAGUGCCCACUCUGCUUUCAGAGAUUCUCGUUACAGAAUGCCCUGAAGACACACCACUGCAUUCAUACAGUUUCUGCGCCACAAGUGAUGCCUCAACUGCAGCGCUCGAGUACCUCAAGGACCAAGCAGGCCACACUUCUGACUUGGGAUUUGCAUCAGCAGGGCCUAUGAUAAAGUUCAUGGAGGCUAUGCGGAGAUGGUUCAUGCUGGUAGAUGUGAGCAAUUGCCUCACAAAUGCGAUGAACCUAGCUGAAAGCAUCACUGCCAAAAUGGCAUGCCACACCCCUUCAAAGGUCGUUGGUCAGGUCGAUGUUGGCAUGCAGUGCAGCUUGCCUCUGGCUGACAAGUCUGUCGGCUGCUCGUUGAAACCAGGAAGCGAGUCUAGGAGCGUGCAGACCACGGAGGCAGUGGAACAGUUAAGCUCCACCUCAGCGUCGAGGCCCUGUAUUUCUCCAUCCACUGCCAGAUGUGACAACUCAAGGCGAGGAUGCCUCCACCGAUGUCACCUGUGUGACUAUGAGGCUGAUGAACUAUUUCUUCUGGAAGCACAUGCCAGCAUUCAUACUGCCAAGAAGCCGUUUGAGUGCCCUUCAUGCUCUCGGAGGUACUCGGACAAAUACAAGUUCAAAUUUCACCUGCGCAGCCACACAGGCAAGAAGCCACAUCAAUGCCCUUCAUGUUCUUCGAGCUUCUCACACAAGUGUUAUCUUAUUGAACACCUGCGUUCCCACACUGGUGAGAAGCCAUAUCACUGCCCUUCAUGUUCUCAGAGCUUCUCACGCAAGCAUAGCCUGAAUGCCCAUCUAAUCACCCACACCGGCGAGAAGCCAUAUCAGUGCACUUCAUGCUCUCGGGGCUUUUUUCACAAAAGCCGCUUAAUUGCUCACCUGCGCAGCCACACAGCUGAAAAGCCAUAUCAGUGUCCUUCAUGCUCUCGGAGCUUCUCACGAAAAGGCUACCUCAAUGAUCACCUGCGCAUCCACACAGGCGAGAAGCCAUUUAAGUGCCCUUCAUGCUCCGAGAGCUUCUCACUCAAGGUCCAUCUGGAAUCCCACCUGUACACCCACACAGGUGAGAAGCCAUAUCAGUGCCCUGCAUGCUCUCAGAGCUUCUCACGCAAGUGGCACAUGAAAGUCCAUAUGUACACCCACACAGGUGAGAAGCCAUAUCAGUGCCCUUCAUGCUCUCAGAGCUUCUCGGUAAAGCGCCUGCUGGAAGGCCACCUGCGCACCCACACAGGCGAGAAGCCAUAUAAGUGCCCUUCAUGCUCUCAGUGCUUCUCACACAAGUGUAACGUCAAAAUCCAUAUGCGCACCCACACAGGCGAGAAGCCAUAUCAGUGCCCUUCAUGUUCGCAGAGGUUUUCUUAUAAGUCCAGCCUCCAAAGACACAUGAAGCGGGAAGCCACUUCAGUGCCCACUCUGCCUUCAGGCAUUCUUGUUGCAGAAUGCCCUGAAGACACACCAGUGCAUUCAUACAGGUGACUGGCCAUGUAGUUGCACCGUCUGCUCCAGGUCCUGAUCACUUGAACCGACUUAAAAGAGCACAGCACCAUGAUACUGUAGGGUAGGUCAACAAUCUCGUUGAACUAGAGUCUGAAUUAAAAAUCUGCAUACGUGCAGCGUGCUACGUAGUGUUUUACAGCAUCAGGUAGCACAAGUGUCUCCGCAUGCUUUUAAGCGGAAGCCUUAGCUCGGGCCCCACUCUGAUGCCGCCUAUUUAAACACAUGUAAAGCACAGUAAUCCUUUUCUGAGAUAACCAUUGAGCCAAUUAUAACGAAAUUUGUUACAUCUGAGCGAUAAGAUUGAAUUCUGGCGACUGUUGGAAGCAGAUUUUUGGUUGAAGGCCUGAAUGUCAUAGCAGGCAUUUACAAAAAUUGUACAGCUUGAAAAAAAAUUGAAGCAAGAUGUUUAUAAAUUUAUAGCUCUGCACCUGGAAUAGGUAUUCUAGUUCUGUAAGCUGUAUAUGAUAAUCAUCCAAAGCGGACAAAUUUGUUGUAUCAAUUUAUAUCUUUCGUGAACUUGUUACAUUGUUUUCGGGGACUUUGCAAAUGUCAUCAUCAUCAGCCUAUAUUACGUCCACUGCGGGUUGAAGGCCUCUCCCCGCGAUCUGCCAUUACCCCUGUCCUGUGCCAACCGAUUCAAACUAGAGCCUGCGAAUUUAUUUAUUUCUUCAGCCCCCUUUGUCUUCUGCCAUCCUAGACGGUGCUUCCCUUCUCUUGGUACCCAUUCUGUUACCCUAAUGGUCCAACGGUUAUCUAACACAUUACAUGACCUGCCCAGUUUCAUUUUUUUUCUCUUAAUGGGAAUUAGAAUAUAAACUAUGCCGAUUUGCUCUCUGAUCCAGACUGCACUCUUUCUGUC